AUGACGGUGAACGUUUUCGCCGUUCCUGUGUUCUUCAUCGUCUUCCGAGAGACGAUCGAGGUCGCGAUCAUCGUCUCGGUCCUGCUCGCUUUCAUCAAGCUAACCCUUGAUGGCCCGAAUCAAGAUGCUACCAUGUACAAAGCGCUCCGCAAACAGGCAAGACUCCCCGGUUCCUGGGGAAAGAUCCUUGGGGUCUGGAUGGGAACCUUUGGUGGCUUCUUUAUCACUCUGGUCAUCGGCGGUGUUCUGAUUGGAGUCUUCUAUGGUGUAGGCCGCAACAAAUUCGCCAAUGCCGAGUACUAUUGGGAAGGCACCUUCGGUAUCAUUGCAUCGGUGAUCAUCACAUUGAUGGGGGCUGCUCUUCUCCGCAUCUCCAAGAUGCAAGAGAAGUGGCAAGUCAAGAUUGCCGAAGCCAUGGGAAAAGACCAGACCUCUCGUAAGGCCCUGAGCUUGAAGGAACGUAUGCAGGAGCGAUUUAAACCGGGCUGGUUCAGGCGGUCUCUUGGAAAGUAUGCCAUGUUCUGGUUGCCAUUCAUCACCGUUCUCCGUGAAGGUCUGGAGGCAGUCAUCUUCAUUGCUGGCGUCUCGUUCUCGGCCCCUGCGACCGCCGUGCCUCUUCCUGUUAUUGUCGGACUUCUUGCUGGAGUGGUUGUCGGAUUCGUCAUAUACAAGGCCGGUGCCACUUCCAAGAUCCAAAUUUUCCUCGUCGUCUCCACCUGCUUCCUCUAUCUCGUUGCCGCCGGUCUCUUCUCAAAAGCCGUCUGGUUCUUCCAAGCUCAAGACUGGAAUAACGCAGUUGGGGGCGAUGCAGCAGAAGUCGGCGCUGGACCUGGGUCCUACGACAUUGAUCAGAGUGUCUGGCAUGUCAACUACGGUAAUCCAGAAUUGAACGGUGGUGGUGGAUGGGGUAUCUUCAAUGCAGUGCUCGGGUGGCAGAACUCGGCCACGUACGGAUCCGUCAUCUCGUACAAUUGCUACUGGAUCGCCGUCAUCAUCGGCUUCGUCUUGAUGAGAUACAACGAGGCCAAAGGCCACCUCCCGUUGAUGAAGAACGCCGCAUUCACGAAACGCCCCCCAUUCGUCGUCAAGGCGAGAGCACCUAAUGAGAAAUCAGACCAUGGAAAUCCCAGUCCAAGCAGUGUCUCGGAGCGAGAUUCGAGCGAGAAGGGGAUACGAGAGGGUGUUUACGCUAUGCCAGCUAGGACUGUCUCGGAAGAGUGA